CCCAGUUUUCCUCCGUAGUCCGUUCCGCCUUUUAUUUUUCUCGAGUUCUCAAGUGGAGGCUUAGCGGCGGAUUAGGAUGCCGGCAGGGCACGGGCUUCGUUCGCGGACGCGAGACCUCUUCGCGAGGCCCUUCAGGAAGAAGGGUUACGUUCCUCUGACGACGUACCUUCGGACAUACAAGAUCGGAGAGUACGUUGACGUCAAGGUUAAUGCCGCCAUACACAAAGGCAUGCCUCACAAAUUCUACCAUGGAAGGACUGGAAGAGUGUGGAACGUCACAAAAAGGGCUAUUGGGGUCGAAAUCAAUAAGCAGGUAGGGAACAGAAUCAUCAAGAAACGAAUCCAUGUGCGUGUCGAGCACGUACAACCUUCCAGAUGCGCCGAAGAAUUCCGAUUGAGGAAGAAGAAGAAUGACGAGCUUAAGGCAGAGGCAAAGGCUCGCGGCGAAAUCAUUAGCACAAAGAGGCAACCUGAAGGACCAAAACCUGGUUUCAUGGUGGAAGGUGCAACUUUAGAGACAGUCACACCCAUUCCAUAUGAUGUUGUUAAUGAUCUCAAGGGAGGUUAUUAAUUCACAAGUUUUAGGAUUUUAAUCCUUAUGGUUUUCCAUUAUUUGCUUGUCUGAAUACUAAUGAGCUGUUGCAGUUUGAAGCAUUUGACUAUCUACUUUUUUUUUAUCUAUGUUCAAGUUUUGUUGAAUUCUAUGAUGCAAAUUACUCUUUAGCUAUUGAACUUUUCAUCAUUUUAUCUCU